GUGAUACUCUGCUCUUCUCCGUCUCCUCUUUUUCUCCAUUUCCGGGUCUUGAAGAGCAGAGGGGUGGGUCUCGCGUCACCUCUCCUCGUUGCUCUCCCCUCUUUCUCGCCACAGAGCCUGGCCUUGUGCAUCGAUCCCUUCAUCAGCGGAGAUUCUCUUAUCGCGUCGGUGGCCGAAGGAGCUUGAAAAACUUGCCUCUUUCUCUUUUUUCACCACAGCUGCCUUCUCGCGACUUGCUUCAUCUGCCAUCCAAUCACCUCUCGCGAGCCUCUUCUUCUUCUGGCCUUCUGGCCUCGGCUGAGUUGUUCCUCUUCGUAGGAUUCGAGUCCGGCCAGGAACUGAACAGUCUUCACAGCAUUUUCCUACGAUGGACAACCUGGUGCGAACCGAGGAAAGGACGGCGCACAACGCGGAGGCGAAGGACGCUGAGGAAGAAGACUUCGAUUUGUACGAAGGAAUCGACGCAGCCGACCAUCUGAUCGCCGGUCCCGCCUCAGCGCUUCCCGGAGCGUCCCCCUCGCAGGCCGGCGACGUCCUCCUGACUCCUGCUUGCGUUGCUCCUGACGAGGAGCGCCUUGUCUCUUUCGCGUCUCUCCCGGAGUCAGGGGAAAACGAAAAAGAAGAAGACCUCGUCCUUCUCAGCGGAGAGAUUGAUCUCUCCCUUUCUGCGAAAGCGCCGCGGCUUUCCCGAACGCCCGCCCCGUCUGCAGGGUCGCCACGGAUCGCCAGGGUGUCAUCCGGACUCGGACGAGCAUACACAUUCGAAGCUGGGAACCUCGGAAAAAGAAAAAAGAUUCCAGCGGGACUCUCCUUCACUCGCAUCGAAGUUCCGCUCUUCCUGGGCCCUCCCCCUGCCAUUCCCGAGCUCGUGCCAGACGCUGGCGGAGCAACGACGAACAGUCUGCUUCUUCUUGCUCAACUUUCUCAAUGGCAAACCGACAUUUCGAUUCGAGAGGCCGCCGUGCAGUUUGGUCGCGUCCGCGCGGUGCGGAUUUUCAGCAACGCCUUCGACGGCCGUUCCUCAGGAGUGGGUCUCCUUCAGUUCGUCUCCGGAGAAGAUGCGGCGCGGGCGGUUUCUCAGGGCCUCGACCAAGCUCUGCAGGCCAAACAGCACGGCCCCCGCCACGUCAAAGUGACCGUCGUGCCUUCUCCCAUUGUCGAGGAGCUCGAUGCAUGUGAUUCAGUUUCCUGGACAGGAGGCGGCCCUAUCCCCGAUCAGCUGCUGAGGAAACUCUUCCAGCUGGCGGGUCAGGCGAUGCCGCCUCGCGACCGCAGCGCCCUCGCGGCUUCGUUCUUCUCUGCUCUCGUCUCAUCACAUGUCGAGCUCGACGGCGCCUCUGCGACCGCGGUCGAGGGUCCUCGCGGCGGCACUGCGUCCGUUGGAGGCCUCCAGAAGCGUGGAGACGCGCCGACGCUCGCGAAUGCAGGGCGUUCUGCCACCACCGGCCCAGGGCGAGGCUCCGCCGAUCCCCUCGGAGCUGCCCGCGCGCUCUUUCCGUGGCUGGACCCAAAAGUCCUGCAGGUGAUCCAGGAGAGCGUGGAGAGUCGCGGAUCAACGCGCAGCCGCCGGAGCUGCGAGUCGUCGUCCAGUGACGAGGAGGAGUCGAGCGACGAGGAAGAAGGAGGCAGUCUCGGAAGCGACUCCGGAAAAAAGGCACAUGCAGUGUCUGUUCCUCCCCCUCGUCAGAAGGGCAAGAGUGGAAUACGGGCCGAGGCCUCCUCACCUUCGCCUGGCUCAGGGAGCGCCGGGCGGCCUUCGGCCUCUGCGAUGCAAGGUCCUCAGGCGCCUCAACGGCCUCCAGUAUGUCCGUCAGCAGCACAGGUUGGGGGGGCUGCCCCGCUGCCUCCGGCGCCUCUGUCAGCUCCUCCCUCGUCUUCUUCCUUUUCUUCUUUUCCUUCUUCCUCCUUUCCUCCUUCCUCCUUUCCUGCCGCCUCGUUCUCCUCUCCCUUUGUGCCUCCCCCGCCUCCACCCCCACAAGCUCCUGGAGGUGCGCAGCAUCCGCCGCCGCCUCCGCCGCCUUCGGAGGUCGCGUCUGGAGUCCAGCAGGACGUAUCUGCGUCGCAUGCCUCGGCGGCCGCUGCCUCGCACAAGCCGUUCGAGCGACCGGCCGCGUUCCUCGGGUGUCCGGCGACGCCUUCGAGCUCGGCAUCCGCUCAGCACUCGUCUGGGAACGCGGCGCAUGCGUCGUCUUUCUCCGGCUUUCCUGCCGGUUCCGCGCCUCCUUCCAUCGUUGUUCUACCGUCCCCACCAGGCGCCAGUCAGCCAGCAGCGACUCGGCCGGCGCCACAAAACGCUUCGUACGUUUCGCCGGCUUCCUCCUUUCCUUCUUCGUCGUUUCCUUCUUCUUUCUUGGCUUCAGGCUCCUCCGCGUCCUACGCUCCCGAAGAGCCGCGACGAAGCGGCGGUGUCGCAAUGCUUCGGCCGGCGCCGAGGCCGCAAGACGAACGGCAAAGUCGACAUGAGGACUUCAGCUUCCUUUCCGCUUCAGGUCAGAGCGAAGGGCCAACUCCGAGCUCCGCUUUCUCUUCUCACUCUGCGGAGCCGGCACACGGGACCUACGGCUCUAACGCCUAUCCUCCGUCUUCGUAUGCUUCCUUCUCUGCCUCCCGCGGUUACGCGGUACAGUCGCCUUAUCCCCCGGGGAGCGCAGGAGAGGCCGAUCGCCUCUGCAAUCGAGGAGGCUUUGGAGACUCUGGAGUAGAAGCGGACAGAAGAGAUGCAAAGGCUGAGGCAGGUGCCGCCGCCGUCGCGCAUCUCAACAGGCUUUCGCAUCCACCCGCGGUCCAGGGGGCACCACCCCACAGAGCUCAGGCGGCUGCGAAAGUGAAGAGACAGAGACAAUUUUGAUAUGUCGAAGACGUAAGGAGAAGGCCCGUGAGACAGAGUUGAAGCGAGCGCUUUGAGGCAGCACGCCACACCGCGCGUCUGUGCGCCGAGAGGUUUCGCUCAAAUUCGACCAAGGGACGAAGCUUGAGACAAAACGCCGGGACUUGAGAAACCAGCGGGAGGUUGUGAGGAGGGUCUUAGGAACCGUGGAAGGCAUGUGCGAAAGCAGGAAAAACAGGCAGAGAAGCCAAUAACUUCCUUGCUGCAUGUCAAAAGGCGAGGCCAGUCUCACAUGUCUGCAACAGGGAAAUCAUUCGACCACCCGCUCGAACUUUUGAAGUUUACAAAUGCAUGUAUCCACCCGCCUUGGAAUAUCUGCCAUGUAGGACUGCUGUACACAUAAAUCUUAUAUACAUAUGUUUACGUAUUUAUAUAAUUUUAUAUAUAUAUGUAUAUAUAUAUAUAUAUAUAUAUAUGGCUGCACCAUUUGGUGUGCCGGCACCGUCUUCUCAGCUUUUCACGCAACUCGAGGGAUAUGUCUCUCGCGUAAGCACUGAGGACUCGGUGGAAAUGUUUGAAAUAUGACAUGUGGUGAGGCUAGAGGUGAGAGUUUCUGAGAUUGGCGAGUCGUAAGACGAACUGUAUAUCAAGUAGACCAUCUCUGUUUCGUCACUUUUUUGCGGUGAGGUCUCUGCUUGUUAAGCGACGAGUGUCGAUGCCCUCCCUAACCCUGCCUUUUCAACUCAGACCAGUGAAGUGUGGUGAUCUGAAGAAGUGUGG